AUGGAUUGCGUGGAGACCGCGGUGCUGAGGAAGGCCGGCCUCCACCAGGAGAUGGUCAUGUUCUCCUCCUCCUCCACCGCCGCCGCGCUUUCUGGGCACUGGCAGUGCCAGCAGAGCUCCCCGUGUCUCCCCUGCCCCCCCCCGGCAGAGGAGGACUUCUCCGUGGACGACCUCCUCGAUUUGGGGGACGGUAAGGAGCUGACCAGCGACAUGGAGGACUUCCUAGAGGUGGAAGAAGAAGAAGAAGAGGAAGAGGGGAAGGAAUCCCCCAUUGACUUGGACAGCUCCUCAGUCCUCUCCUUCCAGGCUCCCCCGCCCUCCGAGCCCACCGUUCCUGUGAGACCCUGCUCAUCCUCUCUCUCUUUCAAGCUUUUCUUGCUAGAAGCAUAAGAGAGAGAAACCUGAAACCUGAAAUCUUCCCUCUUCCUUUCCCCUCUCCUGAUGUCUGGUUUUCUGGUUUCGAAACAAGCAGGCGGGAGACGUGGCAGACCUGGAGUGGGUCUCCCGGUUCGUGGACGACUCCUACUCGGAGUUCCCCGCCGCCGUUGCUCCGUUUCCGGCGGCGUCGAAGACGGAGGCUCCUCCCAAGCCCCAAGUCGCUGGCGCAAACGCCUCCUGGAAGAGAACCUGGGGGAGUUGCUGCUUCUCGACGGACACCCUGGUUGUGCCCGCCAAGGCCCGGAGCAAGCGUUCUCGCUCCGGCGGGCGGGUUUGGUCCUUCUGCCGCCCGCCCUUCUUCACAGAGUCAUCUUCUUCCUCCUGCUCCUCCGGCUCUUCUUCCUCCUCCUGCUCCGCCUCCUCCACCAUUUCCUCCUGCCUCCUGCACGAAAACCUCACCGGCAGCGGCGGCGGCGGCGGUGGAAACCCCGACCUCUUCCCCGACAGCGUCUCAGGACGGCCCCUCCUGCUCACACUCGAGCAGCACCCGCCGCAGCAGCUUCAGCUUCCAGUGAAGAAGAAGAAAGGGCGGAAACCCAAGGCCCUGACGGGGGCCGCCGCCGCGGGAGACGGCGGCGCCGCCGGAGAGCUGCCGCAGACCCGGCGGCGGUGCACCCACUGCGGGGUGGACAAGACGCCGCAGUGGAGAGCGGGGCCCAUGGGCGCCAAGACGCUCUGCAACGCCUGCGGCGUCCGCUACAAGUCCGGCCGCCUCCUGCCGGAGUACCGCCCCGCCGGCAGCCCCACCUUCGUCAGCCAUAUCCAUUCCAACAGCCACCGCAAGGUCUUGGAGAUGCGCCGGAAGAAGGAGAUCCUCGACGCCCCCGCCGCCGUCACCGGCGUCGCCGCCUGCUCCCCCCUGCCGCCGCUGCUAACGGUGGCGCCGCAGCCCUACGGCGUCGUCUGA